AUUAAUUAGCAUUCAUUGGGCGCAGUUGGCAAGGAGAAGGAAGGGCGCGUAGAGCGUGUGUAGGAGAGCAGGGAGGAAGGGGCCCGGUGGGGAGCGGGUCCUUCCCCUCCGAGCUGAGCCGCAUUGAGAUUGGAGGCACAAUCGGACAGAGAAAGGCUGUUUUAUAACUGGGAUCCUCGGUGACGUAUGGCUGCCUGCUCCUUGGCAGCUGUCUUUAUGGACCAGUAGGCAGAGGGGAAUUGACGCUGACGAGACUUUUGCAUCUUGGAAGGGACUGUAAUCUACUGUAGUGAAGAACAGAACCUCUCAAUCACACGAGUGUAAAUAAGAGACGGAGGGGAGUCCAAAGAAAAGGAAGAGGAGGGGAAAAGUGUGUGUUGGGGGGAGCGGGGAAAAGCAUUUUUGGUGGAUGGUAUGAAGCCAGCCAUGGAAACUGCAGCCGAGGAAAAUACUGAACAAAGCCAAGAGAGAAAAGUGAACAGCAGAGCUGAAAUGGAAAUUGGCAGGUACCACUGGAUGUACCCAGGCUCAAAGAACCACCAGUACCAUCCCGUGCCAACCCUGGGGGACAGGGCUAGCCCCUUGAGCAGUCCAGGCUGCUUCGAAUGCUGCAUCAAGUGUCUGGGAGGAGUCCCCUAUGCCUCUCUGGUGGCCACCAUCCUCUGCUUCUCUGGGGUCGCCUUGUUCUGUGGCUGUGGACACGUGGCUCUUGCGGGCACUGUGGCGAUCCUUGAGCAACACUUCUCCACCAACACCAGUGACCACGCCCUGCUGAGUGAGGUAAUCCAGCUGAUGCAGUACGUUAUCUACGGAAUCGCGUCCUUCUUCUUCUUGUACGGGAUCAUCCUGUUGGCAGAAGGCUUUUACACCACGAGCGCGGUGAAGGAGCUGCACGGGGAGUUUAAAACCACUGCCUGCGGCCGGUGCAUCAGCGGAAUGUUUGUCUUCCUCACCUAUGUGCUGGGAGUGGCCUGGCUCGGCGUGUUUGGUUUCUCUGCAGUGCCCGUGUUUAUGUUCUACAACAUAUGGUCAACUUGUGAAGUCAUCAAGGCACCCCAGACCAACGGGACCACCGGCGUGGAGCAGAUCUGCGUGGAUAUCCGACAAUACGGUAUCAUUCCUUGGAAUGCCCUCCCAGGAAAAAUAUGCGGCUCUGCCCUUGAGAACAUCUGCAACACAAAUGAGUUCUACAUGUCCUAUCACCUGUUCAUUGUGGCCUGUGCCGGAGCUGGCGCCACCGUCAUUGCCCUGCUGAUCUACAUGAUGGCUACCACAUAUAACUAUGCGGUUUUGAAGUUUAAGAGUCGGGAAGAUUGCUGCACUAAAUUCUAAAUCACAUAAGCCCCCUAAGGAGCUUUAGAGGGCUGUACGAUGUAGCAGGAAUAUCACUGACACCCCAGACUAAAGCAGACGCUAGGCUUCUGCCGUUUUGUACCAGUAAUUUGUAAAUAGCUUUAGUGAACUCAUCUGGCGUGGGAGAUUAAUAAGAUGACUUACCGUACAUGAGUUACAAACGUUAUGAGAUCUGGCUACUUCCCCAGUUUGAAAAGGAUUCAGUUAUUUACUGACAUUCUGAGCACCCAUUAAGAAAUAACUUUCUUGAACUUAAACUUUAAGUAGUGUCUCUAAAAUGAAGUAUUAAAAGUCUGAAAUACCUGCAUUUUCCGUUAUUUUUGCUGGCUUGGUGACCAAGUUCAAUGAUGAAAAUGAAAAGUGGUGAAGAUGCAAUGGAAGAGAACCGUCCUAUUCUGGAUUUUGUUUAGUCAGACUCCUUCUGGAAUAUAUUUUACAAAUAUAUUUUAAUUUUGAUUCAUUUUUUUAUGAUUACAUGGUUCACUACCAAAUAAAUGCCCCCCAGUAAGUCAGAUGAAAUUUGAAAUAAAAUAAAGGCCAUGUAUUUGUUUUCUCUGAAAAAAAAAAGAAGGAUUUAUAUGCCUGGGGUUUUUGUUUUUUUGUUUUGGACAAAGCACAAUCCUUCCUUUCAGAGCCCAUCAAAAACUGAUAACCUUAAAUUAUUGUUUUGGUGAGUAGUAACUGAUUCCUCAGAGCCAGGUCUCAAACUGCAUGUAAGAUUUUAAUGGGAAGAGAAAUUGUUCCUGGAUCUGAAAGUCUCAAAUAUGAUGAGAAGGAGAUCUGAAAUAUAAGGAACCUGAGAUGUAGAUUAUGCAGGAAAGAUGAGGAAAAUAAAUGGGAAGGAGUGUGUACCGCAUCAACUGUAAAGAAUGACAAUAAGGAUUUUUUACGUUUUGUGAAAUGAAACAAUGGCAGUUAUAAAAUGGAAAAUGUAGUUUCACUACUAAAAACUUGUUAACACAGAAACUGCAUGCUUUGCUUAUAGUUCUUAAGUUUGGUUUUGACGUUCACUUAAUUUUUCCAUGUUAAAUAUGUAGUUUUUUAUUAUUUACUCAAAAAUAAACGUUGUUCACACUUUUGGGCCUUUUGGGGAAUUGAUUUUUAUCCACAGAUAGGAAAGAUCUUUGCACCGCACUUAUUUAAAAAUAACCACCACCGUGUUUCAGAACUUCUGCAAUAGUUUUUAAAAUUCCUCUCGAAAUGGUAAAAAGCACCCUCUUGUAUUUUAUUUUUGCCUUUUCUUAACAAUAACUUUGGCCAUUUUGUCAAGUUCACUAUGUCUGUAUACUAACUUUUCUUCAGCCUUUUAAUAUUAAGCCUACUAGCAGAGCAUGCCCUCGGUAUCUGAUGCCUCUGACCGCAGAAUAAGUAUUAAUACAGAAUAACCUCUCCCCCUUGACAGUAAACCCUAAUCUACCUAGCAGCCUGCUUUGCCUCUGACAUGCUCACUAGCCAUCAUGCUCACCCUUCUUUUCCAGAUCCACUUCCUCAUGAUACUGUCUUCUAACUGGGCUUACUUAAAGGAUGCAAGCAAAAUGCAGGCUUACCAGGAUAUCAAAGCAAAGGAAGAACAGGAACUGCAAGAUAUCCAGUCCCGGUCAAAAGAACAACUCAAUUCUUACACAUAGAUGUUUGCCAGAGUGCUUCAGCCGACGAAUUGACAGCUCUGACAAAUCAUCAGACAGCUGCCCUGCAGUACAGAUGUGUUUCCCAUCAGACAAACUCAUGUAGAACUACAAACACUUCACUGUCUGUCUCAAGCUGCUGGGAUGUAUUUCUAGGAAAACCUUCCAGUAGGUAAAUCUUUUUCUUUAGAACAGGUAUUGGAGGUUUCAAUGUUAGCCAUUUUAAAAGGCAACACUUUGACAAAACGAUUGUUCAUCUUUUUGAAAUUUGUGGCAUGCUCGCGGUUGUUGCCGGAGCAAUCCUACCAGGACAGGCAUUGAGAAUGUGGCAUGCUCCCUCCCCAUGAUGUGCUAGCAUCAGGGGAUGCGGCCGUGAAAUCGUGUAUGCUCUCUGUCCUCCAAAGCAUCCAAUAGGGAAUCGGUGUGAAGUUCCACUUCCGACAGCUGGCAGUUAUUAAACUGUGGCUCAGCAAAGAUAACAGGAUUCUUACAGCUCACUAGGACACAAUAAUUUCAUGAUCCAAUCGGAAAUCUUUUUUCAAUAAUGCGAAAAUGUGCUACUAUAAAUUCUGCUAUACCUACCACUGAAGAAGCUGAAUUUGUGACUCAUUGACAAGCUUUCCAGAGUCAAUUUUAUACAAGAUCUUAUUUUAAUAAAAUGACCCACUUGUCAUCACUCUUCUUGGGGGAAUAAAUAUCAGCUCUGCCUUAAUGAGUAUUUGCUGUAAAUUUCUAAGCACUUGUAUCACAAUGGGAGACCCAAAAUCCUCCAGAGAAGUUUUUCCACAAAUGUUUUUCUUAAUGAAGAAGUGUUACCUUAUUAAAAUGACCACCAUUCUAAACCAUUUUUAUGUGGUCUCCAAAGUGAGUUUACAGUUUCAUACCAACUAUCUAAAACCUAAUUACAAACAGACCACAGACCUCCUACUUUUAUAGACUUGAAUACUUCAGUAAUUUAAAUUAGCAUUGGUAUUUAUUUCACGUUUUCUUAUCUAAAUCUUAGUUUUCUGGAAUAAUCAAGUUCAAUGUUCAGCAAAAAAAAAAAAAAAACGAAAAAAAAACAAACAAAAACACACAACUGCUUGAGUUUAAGCCAUUUUCAAACGAAACUUGCCUUCUAAAUCGUGUUCCAGAACAUUAAGUGACUAUAGGUAUUGGGUAUUAGUGAUGGUAGACUUUGUGUUGUUCUUUAUGAAAUGAUACAUAUAACUGUUGGGUGCAUCAGUGCUUUUAAAAGGGGCUGCAUAAUAUAGGGUUAACUAUGUAUAUUCACGUUAGGAAUUAACUUGUGGUUUGGCUGUUUCCUGGAUUUUAAAACAUAUACAUGUACGGAAAUGUAUUAAAAUGAAAGGAAGCAUACCUUUAUCAAUAUGCUAUUAAAACUGAACAUCAAGUACAUUUCAUUUCGAUUCCUUGUGUUGGUGUUGUUAAUGCCUAAAAAUGCCUAAUUGGACCUUGACUAUUUUUUUUUUAAUUGGGAGAAGCUCUCUUCUGUGUAGAACAGUCGUUCCAGAAUAGCUUGGUGAUUUGUUCUCCUGUGGCAUGACAGACUUCCAUGUUUUUUCCAGCAGUGCAGGUGCUGUUCGAGUCCAGUGUUCUAGAAGAAGCAGUGUCUAAAGGCUAAUUUUACUUUUCUAAUUCUGGUAGCUAUUACCAAGAAUUUUUGAAAGUUUUGUUUAAGUAGUCUAAUAUUUUUUAUGUAAAGAGCAUUAAAUUUUGCUAUGUAUAAAUUUUUGUAACCUAACAGUGAAUCAAUAUUUUCUAUCAGUGCCAAGGGCUUCCUGUAGUUCUAUUCAAGUGUUACAAUAAAUAUUUGUAGAUAAUAGUCAA